AUGUUCUCGCUGACCAACUGUGUGGUACCCAAGCGGUAUAAUGCCUCCCUAGUUUUGGACCAUGAAAAGGCUAAUUUCCGCGGUGUUCUGAAGGUCGAACUUGAGCCUCGCCAGGGCGCCAAGGAACUUAGCGAAUUUUCGCUACAUGGGGAGAACCUAAUCGUCCUUUCUGCACACAUAGGAAAUUUGAAAUUCACGGUGAAGUACGAUAGACCGGGAAAAGCUAUCACUUUCUCGACAGACAAGCCAAUUGAUGUCUCCAACGGACAGCGAGUGGAACCUCUUAUUCUAGAAUACAUCGGCAAGAUCAACGCUAUCAAGACGUACAAAGAUGCCACUAGGGGAAUCUUCAAGACCAAUUACAUGGACUCAGAGACUGGCAGCAGCGAUAACUACGUGAUCGCUACGCACUCACAACCUGGCUUUGCUCGUAUGAUUCUUCCAUGUAUCGAUGAAGUCAACCAUAAGGCACAGUUCCAGCUCGAUAUUACUGCUCACGAGCGCUUCCAAAUAGUAUCCAAUACCGCCGCGGUUUCAGAGGAGAGGAUCCCAGAGAGCCAGCAGAAGCGUGUGUUCUUUGACACGACGCCGUUGAUGACUCCAUCGCUGUUGGCCUUUGUUUUAGGUGACCUACGGUCAAUUGAGUCCAAAGUUGCGCUGCCUCAAGGAGAGCUCCCAGUUCGGUUCCUCGCUGCUCAACAAGUCGAGCUUGCAGCAUUUGGCCUUGACACAGUCUGCAAAUACCUACCUGCCCUGCAAGAAAUGUUCAAAUUAAGCUUUCCUAUUGCCAAGCUCGACUUUGCACUGUUGCCUUUUCUAAGUGACAUGGCUAUGGAGAACUUUGGUCUCAUAACCAUUCAACAAGACAACGUGUUACUGGGUCCUACUAAUUUGGCCGAUGCAAGUGUCCAGUCUCGGGUUGAGCAGCUGCUUGUCCACGAGUUGGUCCACCAGUGGAUGGGAAACUACAUCUCUUUCGACUCCUGGGAUCAUUUGUGGUUCAACGAGGCCUUUGCGACAUGGUGCGCAUGUGAAGUACUGAGCAACGUUAAGGGGGCAGAUUACUUUGCUUCAGAUGACUACUUGUUUCAAUUAGAAUCAUGCCUCAAGAGGGACUCUAUCCCAGAGAGUCGAAGCAUUUCAGACACCUGUAAAUCGGACCACGUUGCGCAAACAGCCGACGCAGUUGACCCCCAGAACUAUGCUAAAGGAAUAUCUUUAAUAAGGUCUUUACAGUGUAGCGUUGGAAAGGAAAAUUUCAAGCUAGCCCUGCAAGAGUUUGUAAGCGACGAAAAAUUCCACAAUCGGAGCAUUAAACCUUCCGAAAUAUGGACUUUCUUUGGAAAGAAGUUGCGCUCGGAAAACAUCCCCAACUAUAUGUUUUCAUGGGUACACACCCCAAGCUUUCCUAUAUUGCAUGUAACGCAAGAGAGUGGAAAAACCACCUUGCAACAGCACCGAGUUAAGUCCGCUCCAGAUCAGCAGUUCGAAGACGUGCCUUACCACAUACCCCUCUUUACGAGGCUGCCAGAUGGGUCUCUGGACAAGAACCAUGCUCUCCUCACGGAUAGGACAUUGAGUCUGGAUUAUCCUGUUGUGUCUUUUAACUCAAACGUUCAAGGGUAUUACAGGGUAUCCUACGAAUCCGCCUCAUGCUAUGAGCAAAUAGCACAAGCUAUCUCAAGUGGCGCUCUGUCCGAGCUUGACCUUUACGGAAUAAUGCGCGAUCUCAACGACUUUAUUGGUAAUGAGAUUUAUCAAAAUAAGGAGCAUCUUGACGGACUGAUCCAUAUCAUUUCAAAAACGGUUCCCAAGAUUGAUAAUGAGACGCUUUCAAAGUAUUAUAUUGGUUGGAGCAUGGGCUUAAAAAUUUUAGAGCAGCUUGACUUGAGUGUGAUGAGAUUUGCCAGCAGUGGCAAAGACUUGGACCUCGAGAAAUUGAUCAUUGCGCCCUUUUUCAAGCGGAUAGAUUGGCCGGAAAGCUUUCAUGGAUCCAAGCGCGAUGCCUACGAGAUAGAUGUGAUGGCACAGGUUUUGUCUUUGGGGAAGAAACUGCCUGAGGUUCAAGCGUUGUGUGCUAAAUAUUUUAAGAAAGUACUUCAGGGCCCUAAAGCUGCCAUACCAUUUGAACUAGUUGGUAGCAUCUUCACAGUUGUAUCAUUCCAGAACACUACUUUGAAACAGUGGAAGAAACACUUUGAGCUUGCAAAGUCCAGCCAAGGGAUAGCACCUCAUGUAACAGGUUGCUCACCUGCUGACUUGCAAACUGUGGCCUUGGAAACAAUAGGCUUUUCCACAUCAUUAGAACUGGUCCAAAAAGCCUUGAACUUUGUUCUCACAAAUAUCAGCUUAGGAGGUAGUGAGAAAGCCUUGUUUGGAAUGUCUUAUAAUGCAAAAGAAAAAUGCGGUAAUCAAUGCGUGCGCGACGUGGUCUGGGAAUGGUUCAUUCAGCAUUACGAUCAGUGGGCUAGAAAAUCCUUGUCGGGCGGCUCGCAAGAGAGCGGGAAGAUAAAGAGCACGUUGAUGGCUCUAUCGGUUAUCGUUUUUGAAAUGUGGCUGGAUACCCCAGAGAAAAUUGACACUUUUACAGCCAUGAAACAGAGCGCUUUUGGAACGACAUUAGGCGUUUCGGAAAUUUGGGCAUCCGUGAAGGAUAGCCAGCUUUCGAAAAUGAAGAUCUAUCAGGGUCUUUUGGGAUUCUAG